CAGGAUGGCAGAUGAAGGAUUGCUGAAGUGGACAGUUAUUGUGCUCACAUGUCAACAUAAAGACAGUGUUUAUGCCUUCCAGAGAGAGCUGGAGGUGCGUCAGAAGCGUGGUGUUCUCCCAGCGGAUGCCCUGCUGCUGACCGUUCCUGACCCUCACGCCCGGCUGGGCAGCGGUGGGGCCACACUGAAUGCCCUGCUGGUGGCUGCAGAGCACCUGAGCGCCAGAGCCGGAUACAGCUAUGCAUACUUGUAUAUUCAGGAUGGUCGCUAUGAUUAUUUGACUCAGUCAGGUCGAGAACAUGUCAUUCGUCUGACAGAAACUGGAACACAGACAAUGACUCUCUCUCAUAUUCAGGAUGUGAAGUCUGUGGCAGAAGGCAGCAGAGUGAUUAAUAGCGUGCUGGAAGGAGAAGUUCAUGUAUCAACAGGAGCUGUUGUGCAGCACUGCCACCUACAGGGUCCAGUCCAGGUGCAUUCUGGGUGCCUGCUGUCAGGGCUUGAUUUGACCUCAUCAUCCUGCAUCCAACAUCUACCCCUGUCUAGUGACAUCAUCAUUCAGGGUCAUCGAGUGAUGCUGGGAGAGUUAAAGUUAACAGUGUACACAGCUUUUGGAGCCCAUGACAAUUUAGAGGCCUACACUGAUGAUGUCAAUGCAUCAUUCCUUAAUCAAAAAUGGAGUGAUUUUUAUAGUCGUACUGGAAUACAGCCUCAGUACCUUUGGGGACCUGAGAGGACUGAGUCAUGCUGUCUGCUGGAUGCCCGAUUGUUCCCAGUGUUCAUGCCACGUUCAGGACCCGUUGGACUAGAGGGUGUUUGUUGGCUCCUGGGUGGCGCUGGUGGGCUGGACAGCUGGAGGGAAGCCUGGAGACUCUCGCUCAGGGAUAUUCUCAUCCUGACGGACCAGCAGACGGAGCUGCGCUGGAGAGAAGAGCUGUUCUUCAUUGUGGGCCGAAGAAGAGCCAUGGACGCUCUACAAGGCCACACAGAUCUCAGUCUACUGCCGUUCUUCAGAGCAGCAGCGCUGGCCGGCCAGCAGGAGGAGCUACUGCAGGUGCUGGACUCAGUGGCUGCAGGCAGCAGUGGGGAUCUGGGAGUAGCUGCACGUUGUCUCGCCUGUAUCGCUGAUGUCCUUGGCUGUCUGGCUGGUGAGGGUAAAGGUGGUUUGCGCAGUGGACCAGCGGCGAAUCCAUCGUGGGCCCCUGCUUUUAAGCUUCUAGAGGAUGGAAACUUACCUGCAGGUGUCCAAGAACUGGCCAAUCAAAGAAAGCACUGGCUCUGCAGACCAGAUUUGUUGGUGAGAGCCGCCAGGCAUUAUGAGGGGGCGGGACAGAUACUGCUGCGGAAGGCAGUGAUGUCAGCACGUGAGUUUGUGUUCAUUGGUCAAGGAGAGAUGCCGCCCAUGGGCGUGUGGCAGGAAGUGGAGUGUCCUGCUCGACUAGAUCUGUCUGGUGGCUGGAGUGACACUCCUCCUAUUGCGUUUGAACAUGGUGGACUGGUAAUCAAUGUGGCCAUCAAAGUGGAUGGAAAACGGCCGAUUGGAGCUCGAGUUCGACGUGUUCCAGAGCCUCAUCUGCUGUUGGUCAGUACCAGCGGUGAAGCGGCCUGCAGCAUCUCCACAGAAACACUCUGUGAGGAUCUUACUGACCUGGAAGACUAUUGCCAGCCUCACACUCCAGAUGCCUUGCUAAAAGCCAUGUGUGUGUGCAGUGAGCUGGUGUGUGUAUCGUCUCCUGUCUCUCUAAAAGAGCAGUUGUUAAAGCACUGGGGCGGCGGACUGGAGAUCCACAGCUGGUCUUCUUUGCCACAUGGUUCUGGUCUUGGCACCAGCAGUAUUCUGGCAGGUGCAGCUCUUGCUGCAGUGUACAGAUGCACGGGACGGAGCUUCGACACAACCUCUCUCAUUCAUGAUGUUCUUUACCUGGAGCAGAUACUCACCACCGGUGGAGGAUGGCAGGACCAGGUUGGCGGGCUGUUUGGAGGAGUGAAACUGGCCCGAUCUGCAGCUCAGUUACCGCUGAGAGUGGAAAUAGAACAGCUCUCUCUGACUCAAGACUUCCUGUCUGUCCUGCAGCAGCAUCUUCUUCUGGUUUACACUGGAAAGACGCAUUUAGCACAGAACCUGCUGCAGGAUGUGGUGAGGAGCUGGUAUGCACGUUUACCCUCCAUCGUACAGAACGCAGAGCAGCUGGUGACCAAUGCAAAGGAGUGUGCUGAAGCCUGCAGAGAGGGAUCUCUCGUCAGAUUGGGGGAGUGUAUGGACACAUACUGGCAGCAGAAGAAGCUGAUGGCUCCAGGCUGUGAGCCGGCGGCAGUGAGAUCCAUGAUGAACGCACUUCAGCCACUGAGUUUAGGACAGAGUCUGGCAGGAGCAGGAGGAGGAGGAUUCCUGUUCUUACUCACCCGUGAGCCGCAGCAGAAGGAAGCAGUGAGAGAGAUUCUCACAAACAUACAGGGCAUUGGUUCCUUCAGUGUUCAUUCAGUGGAGCUGGAUAUGGAUGGGAUCUCAAUCAUUCAGAAGAUCUCUGAACAUCCUGAACAACAGCAGACGACAUAAAUCUGAGUGACUUAUAAAUAACAAUGAAACUGAUAUUAUUUCUGUAAAUAUAACAAUGUAUUUAAUACAUUUUAACA